UCCAAACAGGAGGAGGAGCAGCUGGGGUUUCCCAUGGCUACACCAAGCUUUCGUGGGGCUUAUUUACAUUCCUAACCAGCCACUAGCGACACAUGUAUGGUUAAAAUACUGUUACAUUUAUACUCGCAGUCUAAUAAGUGAAACAGACGCUGUAGGAGUUCCAUGUACAUAGUGAGAAGGAGGACAGAUGAGUGGAGGAGUCGUGACGCCGCCUCGGAGUCCCUAACAUGAGGAUGGUCGUCGGCUCGUAACCCUGCCCAGACCGGAGGCUGAGGUAGAGAUGUGUCCGCUGUGAAGAGCCGGUGUGCCGGUAAGGAGAAGAAGCCUGCGGUCGGUAGGACGGGAGGAGGAAGGAAAGGAAAGAAGGAAGGAAGUGCCUGGGCAACAUGACUGUUUUCAACCAAGAAAAUGUGGAGGAAUUUUACGAAAUUGGAGACGAGUUGGGGAGCGGUCAGUUUGCUGUGGUCAGAAGAUGUCGGCACAGGAGUACAGGCGUGGAGUAUGCUGCCAAAUUCAUCAAGAAGCGGCGCAGCAAGUCGAGUCGAAGGGGAGUGACAAGGGAGGACAUUGAGCGUGAAGUGAACAUCUUAAAGGAGAUCCAGCACCCCAAUAUCAUCACACUGCAUGAAGUCUUUGAAAACAAGGCCGAGGUCAUCCUCAUCCUGGAGCUUGUGGCCGGCGGUGAGCUCUUCGACUUUCUUGCAGAAAAGGAGUCUCUGAGUGAGGAAGAGGCCACUCAGUUCCUCAAGCAAAUCCUGGAUGGAGUCUUCUACCUGCACUCAAAACAAAUUGCUCACUUUGACCUUAAGCCAGAGAACAUCAUGCUGCUGAACCGCUCAGUGCCUCACCCACGCAUUAAACUCAUUGACUUUGGCUUGGCCCACAAGAUCGAUUUUGGCAACGAUUUUAAAAACAUUUUUGGAACUCCAGAAUUUGUAGCUCCUGAGGUAGUCAACUAUGAACCACUGGGCUUGGAGGCAGACAUGUGGAGUGUUGGUGUGAUAACCUACAUUCUUCUGAGUGGUGCAUCUCCCUUUCUGGGUGACAACAAGCAGGAGACGCUGGCCAAUGUAUCAGCCGUCGACUACACGUUUGAUGAAGAAUUCUUCAGUAACACCAGCAUCCUAGCCAAAGAUUUCAUUGCAAGGCUCCUUGUCAAAGACCCCAAAAAGAGAAUGACGAUUCAGGACAGCCUGCAUCACCCCUGGAUCAAGCCAAAAGACACUCAGCAAGCACUAAGCAGAAAGGAGUCAGCUGUCAACAUGGAAAAGUUUAAGAAGUUUGCAGCGCGAAGAAAAUGGAAACAAUCCGUCCGACUUAUCUCCUUAUGCAACCGCCUGUCCCGCUCCUUUCUGUCCAGAAGCAACAUCAGUGUGGCACGGAGUGAUGACACGCUGGAUGAGGAGGACUCAUUUGUGAUGAAGGCCAUCAUCCACGCCAUAAAUGACGAUAAUGUUCCUGGUCUGCAGCAUCUGCUUGGCUCUUUGAACAGUUAUGAUGUCAACCAGCCCAAUAAGCAUGGGACCCCUCCCCUCCUGAUCGCAGCAGGCUGUGGCAACAUUCAGAUCAUCGAGGUGUUGAUGAGGAAAGGUGCAGAGAUCCAGGCCCACGACAAGAGUGGAGCCAAUGCUAUCUACUAUGCAGCAAGACACGGCCAUGUGGAGACCCUGAAAUUCCUCCAUGAAAAGAAAUGCCCUCUGGAUGUGCAAGAUAAGUCUGGGGAGACCGCUCUACAUGUGGCUUCUCGCUAUGGAAACGUGGACGUGGUUAGCUACCUGUGCAGCAUCCAGGCCAACCCAGACCUCUCAGAUAGGGAGCAGGAGAUCCCGCUCCAUUGUGCUGCCUGGCAUGGCUAUUCUGCAGUGGCUCGAGCUCUGUGCCAGGCAGGCUGCCACGUAGACGCAAAGAACCGUGAGGGAGAGAGUCCAUUGCUGACGGCUUCUGCCAGAGGCUUUGUGGACAUUGUGGAAUGUCUGGUGGAACACAGAGCGGACCUGGAAGCCACGGACAAGGAUGGCCACACAGCUCUCCACCUGGCUGUAAGGAGGUGUCAGGUCGAGGUUGUUCGCUGUCUCCUUAGACAUCACUGCCAUAUGGACCAGCAGGAUCGCCAUGGCAACACCCCACUGCACAUCGCCUGUAAAGACGGAAACCUGCCCAUUGUCAAGGCCCUGUGCAGCGCUAAGGCCAGUCUCGACCUCCCCAACAAGUAUGGCAGAACUCCACUCCACUUAGCAGCCAACAACGGUGGUCUUGAGGUCGUCCGUCACCUCUGCCUGAUGGGAGCUAAUAUUGACGCCAUCACCAAUGAUGGAAAGACGGCAGAAGAUUUGGCUGCUACUGAACAACAUGAACACAUAGUUUCACUGUUGGGAAAGCUUAAAAAGGACAACCACAAGUUGAGCUACAUCCAGCAGCUCCGGCCCACCCAGACUGUCCAGCCAAGGAUCAAACUGAAACUGUUCGGACACUCUGGAGCUGGAAAGAGCACUCUGCUGGAGUCUCUGAAAUGUGGCAUCCUGCGCAGCUUCUUCAGAAGGAGGAGGACACGCAUGACCAACACGGCCCGCCAUCCCAACUCCCCCAUUAACUCCAAACCUGCCGUGUCAGUGAGCAUUUCCAACUUGUACCCAGGCUGUGAGAACGUCAGCGUCCGCAGUCGUAGCAUGAUGUUCGAGCCCAGUCUGACUAAAGGCGUCCUAGAAGUGUUCUCCCCCGUCCAUAGCUCUCUGUCCACAGCUGACGAGCAGGCCACCAAGGCCAUCGACAUCCAGCACACCAGCAUCCACGGUGUUGGGGACUUCAGUGUGUGGGAGUUUUCAGGAAACCCUGUGUAUUACUGCUCUUACGACUACUUUGCGGCCAAUGACACUACAGCGAUCCACGUGGUCCUGUUCAGCCUGGAGGAGCCCUAUGAGACCCAGCUGGGACACAUCACAUACUGGCUGAACCUGCUGAAAGCCCUCACGCUGCCGCAGGACAACAUUGCUUUUGGAGGUCGGAUCCAGCAGCCUCUUGUCGUCGUCCUGGUGGCGACUCAUGCUGACCUCGCUGAUGUCCCCCGAACGUUCUCUGGAGACUUCAGUUAUGAUAAGGAGAGGACGCUGCUCAAGGAAGUCAGGAACAGGUUUGGAAAUGACCUGCAGAUCAGUGACAAGCUGUUCGUGUUGGACGCUGGAUCUUCAAAUUCCAAAGACAUGAAGUUGCUGAGGAGUCACCUGCAGGAGCUCCGCACCAACAUCAUCUCCAGGUGCAGUCCCAUGACACUGCUGUCAGAGCGUUUGCUGACCACACUGCCCACCUGGAGGAAACUGAGCGGACCCAACCAGCUGACGUCAUGGCAACAGUUUGUCUGCGACGUCCAGGAGCACAUCAACCCUCUGGUCAGCCAGGACUACCUGCGCUCACUGGCCCUGCAGCUUCACAGCAUGGGAGAGAUCAACAUCAUGCAGAGUGAGACGGUGCAGGACGUAGUGCUGCUGGAGCCCCGCUGGCUCUGCAGUAACAUCCUUGGUAAACUGCUCUCUGUGGAGACGCCCAAAGCCAUCCACCACUACAGGGGUCGCUACAGGUUGGAGGAAGUGCAAGCACUGGCCCCCGAGACCGAUGUGGAUGAACUACUGCAAAUUCUGGAUGCCAUGGAUGUGUGUGCGCGUGACCUCACCAACCCGUCAAUGGUGGAUGUGCCUGCUCUCAUCAAAACGAACGGUCUCCACCGCUCCUGGACCGAAGAGGAGGAGGAGGAGUCUCUGUUGUACGGAGGGGUCCGACUGGUCCCCGCUGAGCACCUCACCCCAUUCCCCUGUGGCUUGUUUAAUAAACUUCAGGUGAACCUGUGUCGAUGGAGCCACCAGCAGAAACCUGAGGACGACAGCGGAGAUGAAAUCGAUGGAGAUAUUCACCUUUGGACAAAUGGAGCCAAGGUGAGCCAGGCAGGUGUGGAGGCCAUGAUCCUUCUGGUCAAUCAUGGCCAGGGUAUAGAAAUCCAGGUACGGGGGCAUGACUCUGAACGGGCCAAAUGUUACUCCCUGUUGGACACCACCUGCAGUAUCACAGAGAACCUACUGGCCUCGACUCUGCCUGGACUGCUCACCGCCAAAUACUACCUGAGUCCUCAGCAGCUGCGGGAGCACCACGCCCCUAUCAUGAUCUAUCAACCCAAAGACUUCUUCCGGGCCCAGGUCCAGCGGGAGAACUCACUUACUAACACCAUGGGUGGCUACAGGGAGAGCUUCAGCAGCAUCCUGUCCUUUGGCUGUGCUGAGGUGUACCAGCAGGGGAUUCUGGGAACAGACAUCCACAUAUCGGAUGUGCCGCUGCUGGCUCGCAGGAAGCUAUGUCGCAUGCUGGACCCUCCAGACGCGAUGGGGAAGGACUGGUGCCUGCUUGCAAUGAAUCUGGGCCUCACAGACCUGGUGGCCAAAUACAGCAAUGGGACUCCAAAUGGCACUCCUGAUGUGGACUUCCAGGACCCGGACUCCCAGCAGGCCACAGUGCCUCCCAGCCCCACUGCGGCGCUGCUUCAGGAGUGGAGCGGCCGACCGGACAGCAGCGUGGGCGUGCUCAUGGCCAAGCUGAGGGAGUUAGGCCGCCGCGACGCUGCUGAUUUCCUGCUCAAAGUCUCUCCUGUGUUCAGGGUCAACAUGGAGGCGGUGGGAGGGGCCGCCAACAGCUACGCCCCUACCUGUAACGGAGGCACGUCCUAUAACUCCAUCAGCUCCGUUAUAUCUCGCUGAACUGGGUCGGCUUUGUUCUUCUCGUCAAAUGUCACAUAUGAUGCGACAUUUGUGUAAAGUGUGGACAGUCUGUGUGAAUGAACAUGAAGUGCAAUCCUUACAGAGUGCAGAUGCUCGCUCCUUAAAGGUUUAGCUUGGAUUUUGAAGUGUGGUUGUCGGAGGUACUUAUCCAUAGAUGGCAGUCAGGAGCACACAGUGUACAGCUGUGGUCAGGGUCAACAGACAAGGCCUAAAGUAAACUAAUAUCUGUUGAAGUGUACCUAGUAUUAUGAAUCUUCUCUGUUUUAUUUUGCUGUCACCCAACCCUUAACUCUCCCUUCAAAGUCACCCGUAACAAAAACACCAGUUUUAUCUCACAGAAUGCAGGAGUUGCAGGUCUAAUGCUGCUAGGACUGUAUAUUUGCAAGAAUAUUGCAAAAUAUAUUAUCAUACAGGGACUAUGAUUCAAUGUAUUGCCAUGUAUUGUGGUACACUUAGCAAGGUGAUGUAUAAGGAACAUCUCACUAAAUGCAUAAAAUCUGAGAUUACUUUGAGAACAGUUAGAUCUACAUUUGCUUUUGUUACAGUAUUUAUACAUCUAAUGUCAAAUCAUUACUUAUGUGCAAGCCGUUCAAAAGAAUUAACAUUUGCAUAUGAAUAACGAUUCUGUCUUGAAUAUUUGUUAACUAUUAAUAACUAUUCAUUAGAAGGUUUUUGAGUCAGUACAGUAUCACAAAGCUUCAUCUUGCAGUACUAAUCCAAAUUUUCUCACUCUUCUACCUGCCGUUGUUUCAGUGCAAACUAAUAUAUUGAAACACCAAAGUCAGUUAAUAAGACAUAAGCUUCUGUGUUCUGUGAGAAUAAUGUGCUUCUUUUAUUCAAGGAGUCUGGUGACCUCAUGACAGAUGAUAAAGCUGUGAAAAUAUUCUAAAUACAGGGCACACUUAAGACCUCACGUAGCAGUUUUUGAUUCUACUGUGUUGUGAUUUAAGCGGUUCAAGAUAAAACUAGACUUCUGCUGCUUCCUGGCUUUGUUCACAGACUUUAGAAAUUGUAGCCAAGGAUGAAAAUUUGAAGCUGAAUUCAAGCAGCUGCACUACCCUGACACUGAUGCUGUGAUAGUACCUCCUGGAAGCCCAUUUCACAUCCUGACCACUAGGACUUUACUGAGCGUGUGCAACUGAAGCAGUGGUGUUUGUGCUCUCCACUCCUGUACAGCUGACUUUUUUCCUUCACUUUGAAUGUUGCGAGUGAGCCACUUGUCCUGAGCUCCAAAGAGGAAUCUUGAUGUUUAUUCUGUUCUUAAUCUUGUUGUGCUGCUUUUUAACCCCUUCCCCUUUGCAUCUCGCUCUCACAGCUAACAGCCCGAAGGUCAAAUCUGUAAAACUUCAUGACAGAAUGGAGGUGGUUUGAAAAGAUGGCAGCCUCAUGUUUGGACCUUCAUCCAACCUAAACUUGCUGCAUUAGGCUGCCACCUUUACUUCAUCAUCCAUUACAGCUCCAUAGAAUAAUCUCUUCCUCUUUGCUUCUUUUUUUUUUAACUGAUGUGAUAUUUGACCAUUUAUCUUAGCAUUUAAAAGAAUUAGAUUUUUUUCAGAGUGCCUUUGUGGCCUUCUACCUCCCUCAAGAGCACAAAUAGUCUUGUUAAGUAUAAAAAAAGUUGUUCUUUCCAGACAUUUGAUGAACUGUGCCUUGUUGACACUAAGAGUAAAAUGAAUUUUAAUCAACCAUCAUGAAGCAGCAGAGUCCAUAUUGAGACAGAGCUCAGCCCUGGCAGAAUGAUUUUCACUGGGAUUCAUGCUGCAUUCAGGCGUUGGGUGAGAAUCUAAAAUGUGUUGAUACUCCCUCUCAACAGAGCUGAUGUAAUGCUCUGUGGACAAACAGGGUCUAAGGGAAACCAGUUCAGUCUGAUGGACUUCUGUUAUACAGUCAGUUUUUGAAUUCCAUCAUUCAUCCAAAAAAAAAUACUAGGAAUCCAUAUUUUCUUAAUCAUUUUCCUGGGAAAAACAAUCUGAAUAUGUUUAAAAGAAGGUGCAAAAUACCUGGUAAAAUGUUAAUCACAAACAUUGAGCCUCAAGUCAACAGUCGCUCUGAAAAAGCUGGUUAGCACUGAUCACUUGUCACCCAAAAAUCCCACAGGUGUGCGUUGAAAAACAAAACACAGCCUCAAAAAGGUUUCACGUUGGAAUGACACAACUUUAAUUUCCAACAUUAUGUCCACGUGUUCCACUGCCCCAUGUUGUAAAAAAACAGCUUUUAUGACAUGAAAGUGAACAGUAGCCACUGUUCACAUUUCCUACUACAUCAUACACCAGCAUGUAGAGUCAAUGCACUUGACUAUUUUGAACUAAUACUGUACGAUAAACAGUAUCAUACACUUAGUUAGAAACUGAAAAACAAAAUAUCCACUCACGGUUUGGUUGUUUUCAUAUAGGUCUGGGUGAUAUGUCCAAAAAUGUGAUGAUUGUCAUGAGAAAUAUAUUUCCAUCAGUCAGUGUUUAUAAUUCUCUCUUUAAAUGUCAAAUCAUUGCUUCUUCUGGGUUUAGUUGUUUUGGUUUUGAGUAAAAAUUGAAGAAGGCUGUUGGUGUUUUUAACAUACAGCUGAACUUUGUAGAGAUGCAACAUUCAACCCAAUUUUAAUGGCAACAAAAUAUUAAAAUGAUACCAACAACAAACAUUGAAAUAUUUUGGCUUUAACCUAACAAUGUAAACAGAAUGAAUAAAAAGACAGAAGAAAAUCUGUAUUGCAGUAACUAUAGGCAGUGUCUACUGCCACAGUACUGUGGCGUGAAAUAUGGGUUUGUCUAUUGCCUUAGAGCCAAUCAAAUGUUAGCAUUUGCACUGUGUAAGCAGUAAGGACAUUUUGUUGCCACAGAGCCAAUCAUGGAUACUGUUCCAUGAACUCAUUGGCCUCGUGUUGCCACAGUACUGGGGUCAUAUAUGGAGUAUAACUGGUCCCCUAUCCUUUUCCAUAGGCCCAUGGCAUGUGCCAUGCUUAUUUCUGCAGUACUGUGGCAGCAGGGUGACAGGUUACCCGUCUAGACAUGAUAGAACAACGGCGCUGAUUGGCUCUGUGGUAACAGACAAAUGAGAAAGUUAGUCCCACAGGACUGCGGCAAUAGCCACUUUGAUAACGAUUAUCACAAUAUAAAAUGAUACUGUACAAAAUAAUAUCAUCAUGUUCAAAAUGGAAACAUAUGAAUUAACCUAAAUCAAAAAUCCAAACAUUAAAAGACUAUGUUUUAGUUGACAGUGUCAUCCAAAGAAACCGUAAAGAAAAAAGGACAAGAAAAAUGUGGGUUGCAAUUAUCAGCUUUAUCGCAAUAUGAAAUUUUAUCAUGAUAGUUGUCAUUUUACUGUACAGCUCUAGUUUCAUCUGUAUUGAGGCACUUAACACUUAUUUACUACAGUCUAUGGUGUUUCUAUUGCAUUACCCUGCCCUCUUUAAUUUAAUUAAAUUUUCACGGACUUUAAUGCACAUUUUCAACAUAAACACACAUCUGUUUCGAUGUUUAUGGGAUGUAAUAAGGCCUUAAUGUGUCAUCAGUUUUGUAUCCACAUAUUUGGAUUUCCUAGGAAAUGAUUAGGAAACUCUGGGACUCCUGUUAGCUUUUCAUAGGAUUCUUUUCUAUUCAGACAAAGGGAUGAGCAGCCAUUAAAGCAAGCAGAGACAAGAGCUGUUCCCGUCCAACUUCUGUGUCUUCUUCAUGGAUCUGGAGUGGGCUGUACAGGGUCGUGACUGAACUAUGACUCGGAGCCCAGCGCUGAUACUGCCCGGACUCAACACAGAACUGUGCACUUCAACUCCUUCACCUGGAAAUGAAAAAUGCCACCAAAAUGAAAACAAAACUCUCCAGGAUUUCUAACACAACAACUGUGUUUAGGUUUGAAGGUUUUCUACUCCACUGAGAGGCAGAUAUUGUCGACGCUUCAACAGCUUUUGUGCAGCUUCGCUUUUGUUGAGCUCUGCUGAAGCUUGGUUCAGUAUCACUGACAGUGUUGUUCUGCUUGACGUCUUUUUUCACUUUGUUUUUACAUUAAGCGGCGUUUACAAACGUCGAGGACAGGGUUUUUUAGUAUUGUUAAUUGAAAAAGGCCAAAGUCUCCUGAAUUGAGACACUUUGUGGAAGCAGAUAUUUGAUGAUGUUUAUGUGUAUUUGGAAACAGGAAAUGCUUUUUUAUUCCAAUCCUAGAUGUUGAUAGAAAGGGUUCCUAAAUGGUCCAGCUUUGGGGAUGUAAAGAGCCUUUUCUGCUCAGUAUUUCCUGUCCUUUUGGCCUCACAUCCCCAGUGUUAACAGCUGUUCACAGAUAAUUAACAUGGACUUCUUUCUCUAUUUUCAGCUCAGCCUAAACUUGCCAAUGUAAAUAAUUGAGGCCUGUUUCCUCCAAAUUUGUUACCAUUUCCUGUUUAUUUUUUCUGCUCACUCUCUUUUUUCUUUGUCCAAAUAUGUUGACUUUCAAGGCAGACUGAAUGUACUACUCAUCUCUCCUUAGAAAAAACAAUAACAUGUAUGGUGAUCAAACUCCCAAUGAGUCCAAAAACAUGACAUGAAAUGUUUCUGACUUGGAUCUAUCUGGUCUUUUCUUCCUGUUAUGAAACUGUUGUAUAGACUGUGUCAUUGCCAACAUGGUGUCUCUCAGACACACAUCUUCAUCCUGUCUUAUUGCCUUGGACGUGUCACCGGCCGGCCGACAGCCAGGUCUAACAAAGGGAAACAAGAUGGGGUUUGUUUCAGCAAAGGCCGGGAUCUCCGUCACAUGGAGUGGGCUUCUGGUUUUUCCUCUGUGACUGCAGCAGAAACCAGUGGACUUACAGGUGUUGAUGUAGUCAGCGUACUCUUUUGGGCUGACUGCCCAGACCCCCCCCCCCCCCCCCGAGACCCCCUCGGUCCAAUCGCCACAUUGCACAUUCAUUUUGUUGCUAUUUAUGUUUCAUUCUUUUAGCAUGUCUUUGAAUGCCAUGUUCUUAGUACUUCUGACACUUUAUAGUGUAAUACAUUUUAUAAUAAACUCUUUACCUAA